AUGGACAACAACGAUGGCGAAGAGCCGGAAGGCGGAGCGAUUCGAUUCUCGAACUCGCCAAGAAGGUGGACAACAAUCACUCAGUCGCUGGCCAGUCCGGUGAGGAGCGUUCAUCCAGAGACAACAGACACUGGUAUGAUGGAAUCGAUCAACAGCCAAGCGGACUUUGGACACCGGACGGCCGAUUUCUUCGAGGACAGUUCGGAAGAUGAAGCUGGUGGAAUUGGCGAGGCUGUCACUGCGCCGGAUAAUGACUUCAGGGAGAAACCUCCGUCUCCUAGCAAGAGAAAGCAACCACCGCCGUCUGCACAGUCACUCGUCUCUCAAUGCGAACCGAAACGGGUGACGCUACCGCCAGAAGAGCCUGGCAGCGAAGGGUAUCAGCGAUUGGAGUCCAAUCUGAAUCAACAAUUACACGCUCAGACGACUGAUGAAACCACACCCGACACCUCGUUUAAUGGCUCCGUUGAGGAGAUGGACCUAGUGGCCGAUCAAGAAGGCCGCACUGGGCCCUCGUAUCCCAAGCCAGCGCGACUAUCUUCAGGUCGGACAGCUCGAAGUUCUGGUGCCUGGCGGUAUGAGCCGAGCAUGGAUCAGCGCAUGUCUAUGCAUUCAGACAAGCUCGACCAGAGACUGGGCGUCCAUGCUGUGGCCUACGAUUUCCUCCUUCGUGGCAUGCUGAAUGAUCAGGAGAUCAUGCGAAGAGAUCCCAAACGUAGCUCUGCAGUUCGCGCCUCUAUGCUGCCGCAGCAGCUCAGACUUCACGACCCGCGAAGUCCCAGGGACAACAUAUUUCCGUCGGACAUGGAGCGGAGCAAUUCGACUCUCAGUAAAAGCAAGAAAGUCCACGUCGUGCCCCCGCCGAUUGAUACCAGUGGUCCGCGACCAUCACUUCCGGAGAACUUUGUUCGAACACCAUAUCCAUUUACGAGUGAUAGAAUCAACCGCAAAGACUUCGGCCGCGAGCCCCCAUCAGCCACGGAGUCUCCUAUAGGCGCCUCAGAAAGCAUCCUCACCCUCAGCAUCCGAAGAGCGAACCCGCACAGUCUCCCCAAAGUCACAAGCAUCACAAUCCCAGCCUCGAACGAUUUCACCGCGGUAGGCGCAGGCCAGGGCGAGAAGCAAAAGCACUUCAAAGCCCUCGUCUUCGACGACGCAGAAUUCUUCCAUCAAAUCCGCCUCGCAUACGUAGAACUCUCCGGCCCGAGACGAUUCUUCUCAGCCCGAUCUCUGGCACGCAUAGCCGUCAGCGGCCCAGCGACACGCGCGGCAGACGCCGGCUACGGCUGGCUCCACCAACCCCGGAGUCCACGAGUACUGGCGUACAAAGGCCUGACGGACACGUUCAGCGAAGAAAAGAUCCUGCAGCAUUAUCGGAACCCCGGUCUAGGGAAAUCGAGAUACGCAUUCGUCCACUGGGCCCAUCGCCUCGCCGCUGCUCCUCCUCCAGCCCGUUCGACGGCCUUUCCCACGGAUGACGAACAUCCUGACUCGCCGAAUGCUGAGCUCGUGAGAAGGAUGGAGCAGCCGGAGGGGCUGGAGUACAUCAUCAGCUGGUCGAUAUCACGCAUCCUCUCGGCCCUUCUCAUCAUCGUCCUCCUGAGCAUCGUGGCAGUGCUCCUCUGGACGUUCCUAGGGAAGAGCACCACGCCCAACUGGCCUUCGAAUGGCGGCUUCCGCGGAGCAGGCGAUCGAGUAGGCACGGGGAUUCUGAUUGGCAUUUUUGUGUUUCUGAGUGGGAUGGGGUGUUUCGCGGCUUGGUUGGGGGUUAGUUGGCUUGUGUUGUGA